AUGGAAUUGUAUGACUAUUUUUAUCAUCCAGAUGAGUUUAGGGAUAUUGAAAGAUCGAGAGAAGAUAAGAAUCGAGUAGAAAAAGAAGAAGAUUUGAGAGAUUCCCGAAUGGAAGAAGAUAAACCGACAACUUCGAAAAAUUCCAGUCUUUGUUGUCAUGUUUGCGAUUCACCCACUGCUAAUACACUGCAUUUUGGAGGAAGAAGUUGUAAAGUAUGUUGAUUUUUUAGGGGGGAUCCCCUUGAGUCCCCAGGAGCUUUUUUCAAAAAGAUUUUUUUUCCAGGCAUGUGCUGCAUUUUUCCGUCGUACGGUCUCAAUGUCAAUGACUUAUGAAUGUAUUGGAAGUCGAGAUGAAUACAAAACUUGUAAAAUUCAUCACGAAUUACGAAUGUUAUGUAGACAUUGUAGAUUUGGAAAAUGUCUAACUGCUGGAAUGAAACCUGAAUGUAAAUAAAUAAGUUUUUAUUGGGAGAGUUGAAGAAUUCCAUUUUUCAGCUGUCCAAGCGAAAAAAGAAGAAAUUCGAGUUGCAAAAAGAAGAUCACGUGGAUUGGUUCGAAACAAUCCAUCAGCAAAAUAUGAUGAAUGUGUACAUAGUUAUUUGAAAAGAAAACUUAAUAAAGGUAAGUUUUCUCGUAGAGAAAACUUUUCCAAAUAUCGAUUUUUUCAGAUAGCCCAAAAAGUGAGCCAGAAAUCAAUAUAAAAGUUGAGUCGACUUUCACACGUGAACCAUCUCCACAACAAACAACAAUCACAACAAUAAUUGAUUAUUCUCAACCAGCAAAUAUAUUUAUACCAAAUAUGGUUCCGGUUGUGACUUCAGUUCCUCCAAUUGAUCCACUUCAAGCGAGCACUUCAAGUUAUAAUCCAAGUGUCCAAUAUAUUCAAUCACCGUAUGUCGAUAGAAAAUUAUUAGAUGAUUCGAAAGUUUUCGAACUUUUGGAUAGUUAUGUGAGAAGUGAAACAUCGUUGAAUGAUCGAAGGAGAAUUAUGUAUACGAAUACGAAAAUUGGAGACAUUUUUGAUGUUUAUUGUGAUUGUGUGAGUUUUUUUUCAGUUGAAAAAUUGAAUUUCUGGAAUUUUUCUGGAGAAUAACUUUCACCUAAUUUUUUGCCUGACAUUAUUUUCCAAAAAAUAUGCAUCUGGAAGCCUAGAUACACAAAUCAUGAUACCGAUGGCCUAGAAAUCCUUGUGGUGGCCUAGAAUCCCUACAGUUUUAUUUUGGUGGCCUAGAAACUUUUGAACUUUUGAGAUGGCCUAGAAACCAAACAAUGUGAUUUUGGUGGCCUAGAAAUCUUUGAGAUGGCCCAGAAACCCAAAAAUGUGAUUUUUGAGGCCUAUAAACCCUCAAGAUGGCCUAGAAACCCUUGAGAUUGCCUAGAAACCCGAAAAUGUGAUUUUGGAGGCUUAGAAACCUUUGAGAUGACCUAGAAACCCAAAAUCAUGAUUCUGGUGGCCUAGAAAUUCUUGUGGUGGCCUAGAAACCCAAAAAUAUGAUUUUGAAGGCCUAGAAACCCUCAAAAUGGCCUAGAAACCCAAAAUUAUGAUUUUGGGGGCCUAGAAACGCUAAGUGUUGAUUUUGGGGGCCUAGAAACUUUUGAGAUGGACUAGAAACCCAAAAGUUUGAUUCUGGUGGCCUAGGAAGCCGAACACCUAAUUUUGGUGGCCUAGAAACCCAAAAAUAUAAUUUACAAUCAUAUUCAGCCCUACCAACGAUGCGAUUUGAAACCCUUCAACUUUCGAACAUUUUGCGGAUUCGUCAAACACGAUUUCAUCAUGAUUCUCGACUUUGUCUCACAAUUUCCCGAAUUUUCGCGUCUUUCAAAAUCCGACAAAUAUGCGUUUUAUCGAAUGGCUUGUGCUGUUGAUUCAAUGAUCUCAAGUGCAUAUUAUACUUAUAGGUUUGGAUUUUUUUCAAAUUAAAAAAAAACUUAUAUUAAUUUCAGAACUGGAAUCGACGAAGAUUUUCUUGUUCUUUUCAAUGGAGAUUUUAUCAAAAUGAAUCCGAAGCCAAUAAGUGGAGAUGAACCAAAUGCUGAACAACAAUUCGAGAAUGAUGAAGAGCAUACAAAAUACAAGUACGAUUUGGAAACAUUUUUAAAACGAUAAUGAAAAAUUUUUAGAACAAUAAUGCCAUUAAAACUGCAACAAUAUUUCGAAAUGGCAGUUCCAUUUUCAAAAUUAGAAGUCUCAUUCGAAGAAUUUGUAUUGCUAAAAGCGUUGACUAUUUGGCAAGUAAGUAAUUAUAAAUUGAUGGAUGAUGGUCGAUCGAUUUGUGCAAGACAAAAAGAUGAAAUUGUUCGAGCUCUUCAUCGAAUUGUUGAAGAACGAGGAGAUGAAGAUCCAGCAAUUCGAGUUGGACAAUUAUUAUUAAGUAUGAGUUAUAUUAUGGUAAUCAAAUUUCUUUUUUUUAUUUUGAAUUCACUUCUAAUUUUCAAUAAUUUCAGGAACAAGUUCACGCGAUGACAUCUUCUUAUAUUAUGAUAACUUUUUUCGAUGUUGUGUCGUGUGAUUCUGUUAUGCAUGAUCUUUUAUUCAGGUAUCAAGCUUAAUUUUAUUUUUAUUUUUUUUAAUAUGUUUUAAAUUUAAAACUGAAUCUGAUUAAAUUUCAGAUAA